CAUGAUCUCUACUCUUCCACGUGCUUGUGGUCAUGUCUUGCCAGGAACUCUUCCGCCACCCCGCUCCGUGGCUGGGUCUGCCACCUUUGCGCCCACUUCAACACCCCCGGUACCCUGGCCUCUCCCAAUGGCCCAUGUCAAACAUGUAACACACCCGCCUGUGACGCAGAAUGCGCUGACGCAAUUGUUACAUCACGCGACAACCCGUAUUGCUUAGGCUUCACUUGCUGGUAUUGCAAGUACUUCUGGGUGUGGUCAGACUAUGAUGAUGAUGGUAAACCUAUACAGGACAAAGUGCUAUCGUGUAAUGUGUGUGGAAUCCUAGAAGAAGAAGAAGUUGUGUUUGUCAAAAGCUGGUUUGAGGAAACGAAGAAGCCGGAGCCAGAGAUAGGACAGGGGGAGGAACGACUGUUGGUCUGUGAAGAGACAAAGGAUAAAAAGAGCGAGGAACGAGAAGUGGACGAUGGUGAAGGCGCAUUUACUAUAGUCGAUAGAAAGACAGCUCGGCCAAAGAAGAAGGUCCGGAAUGAGGGAUUUGAUGAUGGCGAUAAUGUUAGAUUUGCUGAAGUUGACCAGAAGAAGGCCAGGCAAAAGAAGAAGAUACCGGAUAAUCUACUGGCAACUGGGGACAUUCCGCAAUAUGCACUCAGAAGACCAGGUCGACCAACCAGGUAG